AUGGAUGAAACCCAGAACCCAAUAACCGACCGCAGAAAGAGCGUCCUGCUCGACCCCUAUUCUCACAGUGUAUGGACGAAAGGCUCCAUGUCUGCAGCAGCACCCAGAGGACCUCCACCCUCCAUCCCUCAUCCUCCUCCCUUCAUCCCCCACCCUUCAUCUUCCAUCCUCCACCCUCCAUCCUCCACCCUCCAUCUUUCAUCCUCCAUCCUUCAUCCUCCUCCCUUCAUCCCCCACCCUUCAUCCUCCACCCUCCAUCCUCCACCCUCCAUCUUUCAUCCUCCAUCCUUUAUCCUCCAUCCUAGGACGAAAGGCUCCAUGUCUGCAGCAGCACCCAGAGGACCUCCACCCUCCAUCCCUCAUCCUCCUCCCUUCAUCCCCCACCCUUCAUCCUCCAUCCUCCACCCUCCAUCCUCCACCCUCCAUCCUUCAUCCUCCAUCCUUUAUCCCCCACCCUUCAUCCCCCACCCUUCAUCCUCCACCCUCCAUCCUUCAUCCUCCAUCCUUCAUCCUCCAUCCUUCAUCCCCCACCCUUCAUCCUCCACCCUCCAUCCUUCAUCCUCCAUCCUUCAUCCUCCAUCCUUCAUCCCCCACCCUUCAUCCUCCACCCUCCAUCAUCCACCCUCCAUCCUUCAUCCCCCACCCUUCAUCCCCCACCCUUCAUCCUCCACCCUUCAUCCUCCACCCUCCAUCAUCCACCCUCCAUCCUUCAUCCCCCACCCUUCAUCCUCCACCCUCCAUCCUUCAUCCUCCAUCCUUCAUCCUCCAUCCUUCAUCCCCCACCCUUCAUCCCCCACCCUUCAUCCUCCACCCUCCAUCCUUCAUCCUCCAUCCUUCAUCCUCCAUCCUUCAUCCCCCACCCUUCAUCCUCCACCCUCCAUCAUCCACCCUUCAUCCUCCAUCCUCCACCCUCCAUCCUCCACCCUCCAUCCUUCAUCCUCCAUCCUUCAUCCUCCAUCCUUUAUCCCCCACCCUUCACCCUUCAUCCCCCACCCUUCAUCCUCCAUCCUCCACCCUCCAUCCUCCACCCUCCAUCCUUCAUCCCCCACCCUUCAUCCUCCAUCCUCCACCCUCCAUCAUCCACCCUCCAUCCUUCAUCCCCCACCCUUCAUCCUCCAUCCUCCACCCUCCAUCCUCCACCCUCCAUCCUUCAUCCUCCAUCCUUCAUCCUCCAUCCUUUAUCCCCCACCCUUCAUCCUCCAUCCUCCACCCUCCAUCCUCCACCCUCCAUCUUUCAUCCUCCAUCCUUUAUCCUCCAUCCUAGGACGAAAGGCUCCAUGUCUGCAGCAGCACCCAGAGGACCUCCACCAUCCUCCUUUCAUCCUCCACUCUCCACCCUUCAUCCUCCACCCUCCUCCCUUCAUCCCCACCCUUCAUCCUCCGCCAUCCACCCUCCACCCUUCAUCCCCCACCCUCCAUCCUCCACUUCCAUACUUCACCUUCCCUCCUUAG